AAAUAUUCAUUGUUAACUAUUUGUUUCCAUAAUCAAAAUCAUCAAAUCAAAUCCUUUCACUUUUAUUUACCACAGAGAUCAAUUAAUGGAGAAAAACACUAGCUGUUCUUUCUCCAAUUUGUCUUCAAAUCUCGGAAUCUCUUGCUUCAUCGCCUUCAUCGCAAUUAUCUUAGUCCGAGUUAUUUAUGUCAUUUACGGAACCGGCAAGCCGCUAAGCAAAAGAUCUCCGCAGCAGGCUCUCAGCACUCUCAUUGUUUUAGGUUCAGGAGGACACACGGCGGAGAUGAUUAAUCUCUUGUUAGUUUUGCAAAAGGAUCGGUUUACGCCGAGGUUUUAUAUCGCCGCUUCUACUGAUAAUAUGAGUCUUCAGAAAGCUCACGUGCUGGAGAAUUCUUGGGCUGAUUCGAGUGGAGUCAAGGGAAUCUCUGCAGAAUUUAUGCAAAUCUAUAGAAGCAGGGAAGUUGGUCAGUCAUAUGUAACCUCUGUUUGGACAACUUUAGUUGCCACGGUUCAUGCAUUGUGGCUGAUGAUUAAAAUCAGACCUCAAGUGGUUCUUUGCAAUGGCCCUGGUACUUGUUUUCCUCUAUGUGUGAUUGCUUUCAUUUUCAAGGUGAUUGGGAUUAGAUGGUCAUCCAUAUUUUAUGUUGAGAGCAUUGCAAGAGUAAAAAAGCUCUCUUUAAGUGGUCUGUUGCUUUACAAGCUACAGAUUGCAGACCAGUUCUUUGUGCAAUGGCCACAGCUGCAGAGAAAAUACCCUCGAGCUCAUUAUGUUGGUUGCCUGAUGUAGUGAAUUGAGUCUGCUGCUGAUGGGUACUCGAACUUAACCUUAUAGGUUCUCUUUUCUUUCUUUUUCAGACAAAUAUUGUAUUCUGCAUUCUAAAGUUUCUUUUCACUUC